UAGAUCCUCCUCAGAGGAGAGCCAGCUGAUCAUGGAGGCUGAAUGGAACAGGAGGGGAAGUUACUUUAACUUUGUAAGGAAGGAGCAUCUGAAGCUGGAUGAUUUGAGAGAGAGAAAGGGCUCAGGAAACAAAUACCUCUUUAAAAAUGAAAUAAUCCCAGAAUACCCACGACCAGAGAUCCAUGUGAGCCAUCUGAAGCACGACACCAACAGAGGCGGUUUGGAAGGCAUCAAGGAGUCCGGAGGCUUCAAGAACCCGUCUGUGGAACAAGAAUUUGGAAAAGGCCUGGUGUGGUGGGGUCUGGUUGUGGGGAGGAAGGAACUCAGAUCAGCUGAGCAGCGCCUCCUCAAGGAAACAUACCCGAACCGAACAGAGCAGCAGGUCCAGGAUCAGCAGAGCUUCCUGAGGAAGUUUGCCUCCUCGCCGGCCUUCAAGAAGAGCUCCAGGCUGGGAUCGUACCGCUUCACCUUCUCCGUUCAGGAGCUGCUGGAGGCCUACAGUCUGCAGUUUUGCGGCGGUGAGCAGCCCGUCAUGCGCGUGUAUCAGACCCACCUGUACCCACAGGAAGUGAUGUAUGCGGUGCUGGUCCACGGUCCGGCCAAUCAGGAGUUCUCAGACUAUCCUCUUCUGACCGACGACCCAAACGCUGUCUGCUGCUACAAAGAUGGCCGCUUCAUCUGGAGGCCUGAGGCCAUGUGUGCAACUCACAGCUACGAGUUGGUCCAGAACCCGGAGACUCAGCAGAUGGAGGCUCGGACCUACGAGCCCAACUUCUGGCCCCAGUACUACGUCUGGGAUAACGUGGGCAUCGCUCUGCAUGUGGAGAAGGAUAAGCUGCUGGAGUUCGGUCCGGACCGACUGAGAGAGAAACUGAAGUUCUGCGAAGGAGAAAAACUUCCCCACGCUCCGGUCGAGUUUGAUGGCUUCCCGUCUGCUGAGGCGACUGUGCAGGACUUAUGGCCUGAUGACCGCUCCCUGGAGAGAGAUGAAGACCCCUCCCCACUGGAGAGAGAUGAAGAGCAGGACAUUAAUAAAGCAGAAUAGAUCAGAGUUUAGAUAAGCACAUCCUGCCUUCACUGAACUAACAUUACAUUCAGAGUUGGAGCUAAAUAUUGGUUUAUGUUAUUUUAUAAGUAAACAUUUAUUUUCUGGCCGUUUUAGUUUUAGUGAAUGAAUCAUUAAUUAUCGUAAUAAUUGUAGUUGCAGUAGUUCUCUAUGCUUUGAUUGGAAUACUACAAUAAACGGAUGAAAGGAU